AUGAAGGCCAUUGUGGUGGCCGGAACGCACAGCGGCGUGGGCAAGACGAGCGUCGCCGUGGGGCUCAUGGCCGCCUUCCGCCGGCGAGGUCUCCGCGUGCAGCCGUUCAAAGUCGGACCCGAUUUUCUGGACCCGAUGCACCAUCAGGCGGCUACAGGGCGAGACUCGUACAACCUGGAUGGGUGGAUGCUCAACAGGGAGGCCAACGUGGCGUGUUUCACCCGAUUCGCAGCCUCAACUGACGUGGCAGUAGUGGAGGGCGUGAUGGGGCUAAUUGACAGCAGCAGCAUCAGAAUCAGGCCCUCCCCUUGUUCUCCCUGUCCCUUCCCUCACGUUCCCCUCUUCCCUCCUUACCCUCUCGCCCUCUCCUAUUUCUCGUCCUCAACUGACGUGGCAGUAGUGGAGGGCGUGAUGGGGUUAUUCGACGGUCGAGAUGGCAAGACAGAGGUCGGCAGCACAGCAGAGAUGGCCAAGAUCAUAGGAGCCCCGGUUGUCCUCGUUUUAGACUGCUGGUCUAUGUCUAGAAGCGCGGCAGCCAUGGUGCACGGUUACGCGUCCUUCGACCCGUCGUUGCGAUUCGCGGGGAUUAUUCUGAAUAAGGUUGCCAGCGCAGCGCAUGCCACGUGGUUGACAGAGGCGCUAGAAUCAGCACACGUCAGAGUUCCCGUCCUAGGUGGCAUCCCGAAAUCUGCUGACGUGGAGAUGCCGGAGCGCCACCUGGGACUGCACCGGCCGGGGGUGGACGCGGACGGGGUGCCAGCUCAGCACGCCGAGCGGCUGGCGACACUGAUUGAAGCCCACGUGGACCUGGACAGGCUGUUACAGCUGGCAGCUGAUGUGGCAGGAGCGCCAACAAUGGGGCUUGGGGGAGGGGAGGGGAGUGUGUGUGGAGGGGAGGACGUUGGAGAGGGGAGUGUGGUGGGUGGAGGAGGGAGUGUGAUGAGUGGAAUGGGAGGAGCGGGAGGGAUGGAGUGUGGUGGAUCGUCAGCCAAUGAGCUGCCACCAUUGUCGAUGCCGCCCGGAAUGAAGCUUGCUCGCAUUGGAGUGGCGAGAGACGAAGCCUUCUGUUUCUACUAUCACGACAACUUGUCGCUUCUGAGAGAGGCCGGAGCAGAGAUUGUGUUCUUCUCCCCGAUGACCGACCCUCUGCCGCACCGUCUCGACGCCGUGUACUUUGGCGGGGGUUAUCCUGAGCUGCACGCGGCUGCUCUGGCUGCCAACACCAAGCUGGUGUAUGCGCUGAGGGCCUUUGCUGCUGCUGGCGGGGUGGUGUAUGGCGAGUGUGGUGGGCUCAUGUACCUCUCCAGGAGUAUAGAGACCAAGGAGGGCGAGGUGCACGAGAUGUGUGGGCUGCUGCCCUUCCGCACGCGUAUGGUCUCUACCCUCAAGCUCGCCUACUGCACGGUGCGUCCUCAGCCCAACUGCGUGCUGUUCCCUGCCGAGCUGGGCGAGAUGAGGGGGCAGUUUUUCCACUUCAGUGAGGUGGUUCUGGAUGACGGCUCGUUCCAUGGGGACCAGCUGGAAUUCGGGUACCUGAUCGAGCAGCAGACCCCCGGCGCCACCGCUCGCCCAGAGGGCUACAUGGCGGGGGCAGUGCUAGCGUCCUACGUGCAUCUGCACUUCGCCUCCAACCCCUCCCUCGCCCACGCCUUCAUAGACGCAUGCCGCACCGACCCUACCAAAUCCGCAGCCGUCGCAGCAGCCUCUGCCUCAGCUGUGGCUGGAGCAGGGGCGGCAGCCGCGGCAGCAGCAGGGGCGGCGGCUGCUGCGGCGGUGGCAGAUGCAUUGAAUGAGGACGAUAGGUUGUCGCAGCGAUCGGUCUCGUAUAAUAUGUACGCGUCCCCGGUUCACCCGAGUCAGCUGGGCUUGCAACAGCAGCAGCAGCAGCAGCACGGGGUUCCCGGAGGGUGUGCACCGUCUUCUGUGUCUUCCGUUCAGUCGGGGAGUUCGUUUCGGAGGAGGAGUGAGAGCGGAGGGAGGUGGGAUGCAAGGGGGUUUGAUGCUGGUGGCGGGGUGUCGCCUCCUCAUUAUCUGGAGACGUAUGGGAGGGGAGGAGGGGGAGGAGGGGGCGCAAGGGGGGGGAUUGGUGGGCCAGGUGGAUAUUAUUAUGGUGGGGGGGUUUCGCCGCCUCAUUAUAUGGAAUCAUAUGGGCGAGGAAGAGGGGGAGGGGGAGGAGCGGGAGGAGGGGGAGGAGGGGGAGAGGCAGGGGCAGGAUAUGGUGGUAUUGGAGGGAGAGUUUAUGAUCCCAGGGGGCAGUGGCAUGAGGAUAUUAUCCCCAGAGCUCAUUCAGGUAGUGUUCCUGGUUCUUCAGGUGUUUAUUCAGGUGCCCCAUCGGGCAUUUCGCCUGAGCACGACGACCCCACCGAAGCUGACCUCCAGGCUCGGCGGAUGGGCUCUCGCGAGGCAGAGGACCGGUCCUCACGUUCGGAAUCGUAUGUGAUCGGAGACCGCGUGGGCGGCAGAGUUGUCCCAUAUGCCAUGUUUCCGGGCGGCAGCGCCAUUGGCAGCGCUGUGGCAAGAGCAUACGGCGGACAAUCAAAUCACACAGGAUAUGGAUACGGGGCGGGCACGGGCGGCGGAAGUGGGGGGAGAACGGGUAACGGAGGAGGAGGGGGGCGGGGCGGCGUUGACUGGGCUCGAUACGAGCUCUCCCCACCCCUCCCUUACCAAUCAACAGGAUACAGCAGGGAAGGGAAUGGCAGUCAAGGGCCUGGGCGGAGGGCAAGGGGUGCCUGGGCGAGGGGGAAGAGGAGGGGGAGGGAGGGGGGAGGAGGGGGAGGCGGAGGAGGGGGAGGCGGAGUGAGAGGAGGAGGAGCGAGAGGGGGAGGAGGAGGAGUGGGAGAAGGGGGAGUGGGUGGGUAUGGGGGAGCUGGAAGGAGAGAUGGGGGGACUAGGGGGAAAGUCUUGGGAGGGGGAGGGACGGGGGCAGGAGGGGCAGGAGGAGCAGGAGGAGAGGGAGGAGGGGAGGGAGGAGGGGAGGGAGUGGGAGGAAGGAGAGGUGGAGGAGGAGGGUCUAGUAACAGAGGUGGUGGGGGUGGUUCAGCGGCGGGGAGAUCAGGAAGCGGAGGUGGUAGUUCAUCCUCAGAUCCCUCUGCACACCUCUCCACCGCUACUAAUCCCUCUUCAGCAGUUGCUUCUGGGACAGACGGCAGGAGCUAUGCAGAUUCCGGUUCGGCUUCGGAUUAUGAUGAGAUGAAUGCGAGUGACUUGCGGAGCUCUUCUGAGUUCGAUGAGGGGUUGACGUCUAGCGGCCGGCUGUCGGACUUUGUGGGGAGCAACAGUGGGAGGAGCAUGGAGCAGAUUUAUGAGACGGGGGGAGGGGUUGGAGGAGGGGUGAAGGGGCCUUCAAGUGGGAAAUUGGCGGAUUUUGUGAGUGCAGGUGUAGGGGUUUUGGGAGAAGGAGGUGGAGGAGGAGGGGGAGGAGGAGGAGGAGGAGGAGGAGGGGGAGGAGGUGGAGGAGGAGGCAGGGGAGGAGGGUCAGCUGGUGGAUCUCUUAAGAAUUUAUCGGCUGGAUCGAUGAGGAAGCUCGCUGCUGCUGCUGCUGGGGCUGCUGCUCAGGCAGAGGGGACUGGGCAUGCCAAAAGUGGAAGUGUUGCCAAAAAUGGAAAUGGCGCCCAUGGUGGGAGUGGAAGCUGGAGCGGUUCGGGCCGUGUGGCGUGGGUGGGAGAGAAGAGUGGGGAGGGAGAGAAGGGAGAGGAGAGAGGGAAGAUGGAGAAUGGGGGGUGGCGGGACGCGGCGGGGCGUGGUUCGAGGUAUUUUGAAGCAAGAGACACAGUUGAGGGGUUUCAAGAGGUAGGGGCGGAGGAGAGAAGGGAGGUGAGUUGGGAGGAAGAAGAGGAGGAAGAAGAGGAGGAGGAUGAGGUCCAGAGGAGCCUCACUGGGGCCUCAGCAUCUGAGCGUUCUGGUGGUGGUGCUGCUGCUGCUGGUAGUGCUGCUGCUGGUAGUGCUGCUGCUAGUGCUGCUGGUUCUGUUACUAGUGCUGGUGGUGCUGGUGGUGGUGGUGCUGCUGCUGGUAGUGCUGCUGCUGGUAGUGCUGCUGCUAAUGCUGCUGGUUCUGUUACUAGUGCUGGUGGUGCUGGUGGUGGUGGUGCUUCUGGUGGUGCAGCUGGUGGCAGCAUAACAGUAAGCAGAAGCGCGAGUGGGAGGCUGUAUACUGAGAAUGAGGUGUCUUAUAAAACAUCACAGAAGCUUUAUAUCGAGGAUGAGGUUUCCAGUCAAUCACGAGCGGGGAGGAUAGCAGGAGGGGCAGCAGGAGCAGGGGAAGGAGCCAGGGCAGAGGCGGUGGCACAGGCAGUGGUAGGAGCAGGAGCAGAAGGAGGAGCAGGAGCAGCAGGGGGAAUGGGGGAAGGGGCAGUGGGGAGAGGGGGAAUGAGGUCUGCUGAUGGCACACCAACGAAGACUGCUAGUGCGCCUCUCCUUACAGGCCUGCCCGUUACAAGCACUCCUGAUUCUGCUGCUGGUGCUUCUGCUGCUGCUAGUGGUGGUGGUAGCAGGAGCGGAAUGGGAGGGGCGGGAGGGAGUGGAGGGGCGGCUUUGUCAGCACAUGGGAGUUAUGGGCACAUGUCUGGGCUUGCCACGCAGGCUGCAAAUGCUGCCCAUGCCACUCACGCCACCCAUGCCACACACCCUGGGCAUUCUUCCCUGUCUGCUCACACCCCAUCCCAUCCUCACUCCUCCAUGCAUCCUCCUCAGCACCCCCAGCAUCCUCACUCCUCUCACUAUCCGCCCCAGCACCCCCCUUUCCAUCAUUCUCAGCAUCAGCAGCAGCUGAAUCACUUCGAUCAUCAUGACCACAAUAAUCAGCAACAGCAGCAGCAGUACCAGCAGCAGCAACAUUAUCCUCUGUACUCUCAACCCAUCCCUCCUCUCAGCACCCCCUUCCCUGGCCCUCCCCUCUCAGCAGCUGUUACAGGGACUCACCCCACCCCUCUUCCUAAUUCUUCAAAUCUACCCCAGUUCAACACUCCUCCCGAACCUGCUUCCAAGGCAGCAGCCGAAGCUGCAGCCGAAGCUGCUUGUCGGGCUGCUCAAGCUUUUCAGGCUGCCCGUUUGGGACCAGAAGCAGAGCCUGAGAGUGACGCUUUCUUUGAUUCCUGCCCGAACUUUGAAUCCCCAAAACUGAAAUUCCACACUCCCCCAUCUGACGUGAAUGCGCCUCUCCUCAAUUCAGACUCCCUCACUCUCUCAGACCCUCACACUCUUCCCACUCCCCCCACGCACUCUCAUUCCCACACCCCCCCUGCCCCCCACACCCACUCUGGCAUGAAUUCCUUCUCAGAAUCUCACAGCCUCUCCCACUUCCACACUCACUCUGACCCUCACACGUCCUAUCCCCACGCCCACCCUCACAUUUUCUCAGACCCCCACACUCACUUCUCCCCUUCUAAAGAUUUUUCCUUUGGCACUAGGAGGCGUUUGGAACUGGGUCAAGGGAACGAUGGGGGGGGAUGGGGAGAAGGAUUUGGGACUGCUCUGCCCCUCAACCGCCACAACCCUCCCUCAUUCGCUCCCUUCACCCUCACCCCAAUCUUACCCUGCUUUUGA